CACUGAUCCUUCCCAGUCAAAACAGCGCUAGAGUUUGUCAGCGUGUCACUGGCACUGCCGGGAUUUAGCUCCUGCCGCAACUCUGCGCCGGCUCCAAUGGACAUUGCCUUACUCAACUGAGCAACUGCCACUUUAUCUACACUCACUGGCAGCAACUGUCUCUGCAACAGGACUGACAGGCAGGAGCUGGCACAGAAACUCGACUGAGUGGCAAGAUCUUGCUCUGUAAUAGAACUGAAAGGCACAGGCAGGAUCUCUACUAGGACUACCAGGAGGCAGUAGCUGGCACUUUCUGUAAAGAUGAAUCUCUAAUUGACAAAGAGACAACAGCAGGAUUGAGGGGCAAGAGCUAGCUCUCUAACAGGAUUAAGGGGUAGGAACUAUCUCUGUAACAGGAUUGAGGGGCUGGAGCUAGCUCUCUAACAGGACUGAGAAGUCAGUAGCUGGCUAUCUAAUAAGACAACUCAGGAGCAGGAGCUCAUUGUAUUACAGGACUGAGAGACUGGAACUGGCUGCAAAGCAGAACUGAAGGAAAGGGAUCUCUAACACUGAGAAACAGGAGGUGAGUGUAUAGCAGAACUGAAAGGCAUUAUCUCGUCUAGACUUAACUACUAUGAGAGGACCUGGCUAAAACUCCAAGGUUUGAAGGACAGAAAUUGGCUAAUAUCCAGUUCCAAGACUGAGGGUCAGGAGUUGGCUGUGACACCCAGGACUAAGGGGGAACAGAUUUCAACAUUCGGAGCGGAAGGACAAAUUGGAUGUAAUGCUCAGGGCUGAAGGACAGAUGCUGGAUGUAAAUUCCAGGACAGUGAAGCUACCAUAUGCACAUUAAGCAGCUAUGUACCAGGGAACUAACAUGCUUUAAUAGGGGCUCUCAUCACCUGGACCUUGGUGGUUUGAAAACAGGGAAUCAUUUUGGCCCAUACCAGAACAGUAAACACUGCAAUACUCAUCCCACUUUACACACGUUCUUUAUCACAGAGUGCACACUACAGAUGUGAAGAUGAUGGAGCUCAGCCUGUCUAAAGUGCCUCUCUAUGGUCAGAUGACUGUAUUUGCAACUUUUGGGCAAGAUCUUCAUCUCCCAGAAGAUGCAGAAUUCUACUUUGUUUACAGUGGAUCCAGCCAGAGGCAUGUAAUAUUUGCUGAGCGUAUUACUUCAAAUGUUCUGCGCUCUGUUUUUCCAGGCCACAACUGCCCAGAACCUGUAAUUGUUACUGUGUGCAUGCACACCGAGGGCUACUCACCUGUGAUUGUGGCUUGCACACCUGUAACAUACGUGAUGGACACUGCCUGCAAUAUCUCCCAGUUCCUGAAAGUGCACUGCGGAAGUCUAUCCCCCACCAGCCAUAAGACAAUACUCACCCAUUUUGGAGUGACAGUCAAGGAUUUGCUCCACAUGGACAGAAACAUGAUGCUGUGCCUCGCUAGUGAAGAAUUAAAGCCUACUUGGAAUAUCCUUGCAUCUGCUCCUGAAACAGACAGCUUUUCUGGGGAGACUUUACUUCACCUGACAGCAAGAUGGGGAUUGGAAGAAGUCUCUCAUUUCCUUAUGUACCAGCCUGGCGGGAUGUCCGCAUUACAUAGAGAAAAUGAAGAUCGGGAGACCCCAAUCCAUAUUGCAGUUCGCAGUGGACACAUUGGAUUGGUUGCACGCUUAAGAAAUUUUCAGGAUGCGCCUCCCCUCGACUCCUUCACCAUUGCAGUUGAAGAGGAUUCCUACUUACGGUUCUGUCAUUCAACCACAGUGCUGACACUGACACUGCUUCAGCCUCAGGGGAAGUCGCUGGAGUCCGACAUUGAGCUCUUCAGGAAAUGUUUGUGGGACACCCACUUCAUUGAAAAGAUAACAAGCCCAAUGCAAAAUACAGAUCACAAAAUACAGAACCAGCCCAAUGAAAUACACAGAGAAGAAGAUAAAAGAUAUUCAUCAAUAGAUGUGCUCAAGAGGUUAAAACACCCGCCUACAUUUCUUUCUGCAUCCAGACUUUCUGCCAUGCUGAAUGGAAGUGAUGAGGUGUAUGCCAACAGUAUGGUGGUGGAUGAGGUGACUGAUUCAGAGAUCAACUACGUUCAUUUGGACAAUGCCAAUACUGAAGCCUCACCUACAGACCGGCCAGACUCCACCCUCACGGCAGAUAAAGCAAAUAAUUAUAGUGUUUGUGCAUCUCCUGAGAGAAACAGACCAGAAGUAAACAAUGUGGAUGAAGCAGACCUGCCUGCUUUCCUUUCACCUGCCCAGCUGUACUCAGGUGCAGCACCGAGACAAAGCAGAAACCUCGGCUAUGCUGCCGAAAGGAGUGUAGCUUGUAAUAUCACAAAGAGAAGAAGCUCAAGCCUUGAUGGUCUCGAUGCUGAUAGUGAAGGAGAAGGAGCAUAUCCGAGAUACAAUUCUGGGUCGUCGGUUAAACAGGACUCUCCUGCUCUUCUGGCAAACAGUGGGGAUGAACUUGACUCUCCUGAAAGAAAUGCUGAGCCUGACUUUCGAAUUAGAGGAGUGGGAACGUUGCCCCUUCAGGGAAAGGAUCCACUGGGCACUGGUGUUCGAUUGCGUUCUUACUCCUGUUCCUCGCCAAAGCUUUCUGUUGGUAUAUCUCGCUUAGGAAGGGACCUCUCUGUCGGUGACACAAGUGAGGAUGGUGUGCUCAGCUUCAGUGGCCGCUCACUCCUCCAAGCACUUUCAUUGUCUAAAUCAGUUUAUCUUCUUCACCCUGGUAAACAGCGGGCCUACAGCCUCCCCGAUCAACUGAGAGAAAAAAGGAUUGAGGAAGAGGAAUGGGACAAAUACACAACCCCAACAAAACCAGAAUCUGAAAAGAAUAAAGUCAGCCGGACAUUUAGCUUCUUGCGAAACAGGAUGACCAGCACCAGGAACAAAAGCAAGGUGAAAAAUAAGGAUAUGAAAGAAAAGGUGAACAGGCACCAGUUUGUGACGGGCACAUUCUCUGGGGUGAUUCCAUGCUUGGUGUGUGAGAAGGCACUCUUGGGCAAGGAGUCUCUGCAGUGCUCAAGUUGUAAUGUGAAUGUACACAAAGGAUGCAAGGAGUCUGCUCCAGCAUGUACCAAGAGAUUUCAGGAACGAUAUCACCCAAAGAACAAGCAGUCACCUGUUAUAACAAAUUCAUUAUAUAAAGAUUUGCCACACCCUGUUCAACCUGCAAUGCAUAAUUCUUCUUCUGUGCCUCUGGGACUCUCCGCUGGCAAGAAAGAGACCACUCACUCCACCCCUCUGCAUUCUAAAAGCAUCCCUGUGUCAAACAUUGAUAGAAGGUCAGACCCCUCGCUGGAAUCAGAUGGAGACACCAAUAGCUCUAGAUCAAGAUCUCAGUCUGAAGAGCUGCUGCAAACCUUGGGCACACCUCCAUCCAUAGACUGUUUCCCAAUUGAAGAUGUAGUAGAUACAACUUUGUGGAAUGACUUCAGUAAUGACAUGCAGGAGUUCGAGGCAGAGUCAUGGAGUCUUGUGGUCGACCCAUUAUUCUGUGAGAAGCAAAAUAAAGAUGUUAUAAAGAGGCAAGAUGUCAUUUUUGAACUGAUCCAGACAGAACUCCAUCAUGUCCAGACGCUGCUAAUUAUGUCUGAGAUAUUCAGAAAAGGGAUGAAAGAGGAGCUUCAGUUGGACCACAGCACAGUGGACAGAAUAUUCCCUUGUCUGGACGAGCUGCUGGAGAUCCACAAGCAGUUCUUCUCCAACAUGAAAGAAAGGAAACAGGAAUCUAGGGAAGGCAAUGACAAAAACUUUAUCAUCAAAAGAAUUGGAGAUAUCCUCGUGCAACAGUUUUCAGCAGAAAAUGCCAGUAAAAUGAAGAAGAUCUAUGGAGAGUUUUGCAGUCACCACAUCGAAGCGCUGAGCUUGUUUAAGGAGCUACAGCAGAACAAGAAAUUCCAGAACUUUAUUAAACUGAGGAACCGCAAUCUCCUGGCUCGCCGUAGGGGGAUCCCGGAAUGUAUCUUGCUUGUAACUCAGCGCAUCACAAAGUAUCCAGUGCUUGUGGAAAGGAUAUUAAAAUACACCACUGAAGGAACAGAGGAGCACAUAGAUCUCUGCAAAGCCUUGGGGUUGAUGAAGGAGCUGCUGGCGGCAGUUGAUCUGCGGGUCAAUGAGUUUGAGAAAGGACAAAAGCUGCUGGAGAUUCUGAAUAAAACUGAAAAUAAAACCUACACCAAAUUAAAGAAUGGCCUGGAAUUCAGAAAGCAGGACCUGAUGAGCAAAGGGCGGGCACUGCUACACGAGGGAGUGGUGUUUUGGAAAACAGCUACCGGGCGAUUCAAAGAUAUUCAAGCACUACUGUUAACAGAUGUCCUGCUGUUUCUGCAAGAGAAAGAUCAAAAAUAUGUUUUUGCUGCUGUGGACCAGAAACCCCCAGUUAUUUGCCUUCGGAAACUGAUUGUGAGAGAAGUAGCAAAUGAGGAGCGUGGGAUGUUUUUAAUAAGCGCUUCAUCGGCUGGACCUGAAAUGUAUGAGAUUCACACCAGUUCCAAGGAAGAGCGUAAUGCCUGGAUGAGGCAGAUUCAGGAGACAGUGCAGAGCUGUCCGCAGGAAGAUGAAGGUAAAAGCUGUGAAUCCGAUGAAGAUAAGCGAGUGGUGGAGGCCAGAGCAGUGAAGGCUCAGAAGUAUCAUGAUACGCUGACCCUUCACGAUCAAAAUAUUUGUAAUACUUUAGAGGAGAAAUUACAGAUCUUCGCAGAACUCGCAGCCUUAACCGCAAAGAGCGACAUGCACUUGGAACCUCACCUUUUUAUCAAGUCCGAUUCAGGGGAAAUUCCUCAGGCUACGGCUCUCCUGGCUGCUGCACUAAAGGAGGCUGAAAAUCUCUACUCAAACAUAAAAUCACAAAUGGAGAAUCCGUGUUUACCUGAAUAUGAAAGCACACCGAGAAGAUGCCAAUCUGCUGAAACUUUAGAUGAAGAACUAGAGACAUCAUAUCUCUCCCAGAGCCCAGAAGAAAGAGAUAGAAGAAAACUUUCCUAUGAUGCCAACAUUUCUCAUGUGACGAGUGACAGGGAUCUGGCUUACAUAGAAGAAAAUGAGGAAUGUAUGCAAAGUCCAAGCUAUAAUCAAGAUGAAGUUCUACAAGUGGUGCAUAACCUCACUCGCCUGUUGUACAGUAUGAAGGCUACUGUUGCUAUGCAAGACAGCCACAUAGAACUCCAUAAAGCUUUGCUGCAAGAUUACGAAUUGGGCAAUAGAUGUUCGCUCAGUUCCCGUGGAAGUCUGCUAAUUGAACAUGAGAAAUAUCGAAACUUGGAAAAGCACCGCUUUGAGAUGGUCAACUUGCAUAAACUCAGGCAGCAGUUUAAUCAAGAACAACAACGCUGGCUGCGUGAAUGCGACCAAAAACAGAGGGAGAACGAGGAGAAGGAGAACAUGCUCCAGUAUAGGGAGCAGGAUUGUCAGAGGCAAGAACAGUUCUUGCACCAAAAGAGGGAGGAACUGGACCAACAGCAGCAAGAAUUCCAGCAAAAUCUGGAGCGGCUACAAGAAGGUCAUAGACUUGUGGAGAGGGAAAGGGAGGAUCUGGCUGUGAAACUUAAGCUCUGGAGGCAUUUUAACCACCACCAGCCAAGGAAUCUAUUGACUGAGAGUGUUGGAAGCCGUUGUUCCUUCAGUUUACAAGAGGAAGACUCUGUGUAUAUUAACAAUGCCUUGGCUCAGAUAUCAUUCGACACCAUCACAACAUUUCCAGCCCCAGACUACCCAAAUGCGCAUCUUUUUCACAACUCCAGCUCAAGCUUUGAACCAUCUACUGAGGAAAACACAAUGGACAUUGCUAAUGAACCGUGGAGCUCUGUGGUCUCUCGCCACCAAAGACUUGAAGGAUCUUCAUAUAUUUCCCGGCACAAGGAUGCAUGUAACAAUGAUCUGAAUGCGGCUCAUGUUAUUUCCUGUGGUACGCAACUUUCCUCGCCUAACGCAGCGCAGCCCACGGAACCACUGACCAAAAUGGCAGAAGACACUUCACCUCAUUUGGAAAAUGGCAAAAUUGAGGAGAACAUAGUUUACCUUUGAUUUUGUGAACGGACGUAACGUUUGCUCUGCAGACAAGGAACCCGCAGAACAUUUCUUUACAAUCAGACGAUGGACAGGAGAAAAUGAUGAUUUCUUUUUUUUCUUUUAUUUAUGUUUUUCUACUGAUUGCCAUUGAUUGGCAACGAUGUCAUGUGGAUUCUUAUGACUCUUCAUUGUUUUUUAGUAUCAGUUCUGUAUCCUGAUUUACCAGUCGAGUCCUUCUUUGCAAAUAACAGUGUAAGUGACACUACCCGUGACUCUCAUAGUAGCCCAGAGAGCUGCAAUGUGAUCCUGUGGUCUUUAGGAUUCUACAGAGGACAUUCCAUUGUAUUCUCAUGUAACAGAGGGUCUGACUGAAGCCUAUGGAUGUCUGUUACAUGCCAUUUCAAUGAUAUUUCCAUGAACUGCUCAUGGAACAAAUGGGAAUAAGCAGCCAAUCCCUGCAGGCCCUUGUAUAAGUAUUGUAUUAUAUAAGUGUAAUGGCUGGCACUGAACAUGUUGCUUUGUGGCCCUCGUGCUCCAUGAGCCUGGGGAUGUAUUUUUUCUUGUGGAAAACUAAGUUAUAUUUAAGUAUGCUGUAAAUUCCUCUUGUCUUCAGCACCUUUCUUCAAUUUAACUUCCUACAACACUAUCAACAAAAAUACAUACCUAAGCAUAUACUGGAUCUUUACUGGGAAAUUGCUCAGUGCUCUUCUCUGCACUUUUACAGUUUUUAUUCUUGAUUUCAUGAUAUUAGUAGUUGUAACCACCAUGUACCAAGAGCUCCCUCUGCAUUGUUAAAGGGAUACUGUCAUGGGAAAAAAUGUUUCCAGCUCUAUCACUCCUGUCACAAUAGAACUCUCUGGACUGCCCUUGUGACAAGAGUGAUAGAGCUGGCGCUCCUGCUUCACAUUCAUGAUAUUAGAAGUGCUUAUAUCAAGAAUAAUUGGAAAAAAUCAUGUCAAUUGCAAAUGUGCUCAGAAGAGCAAUUGUACAUAAAAGGGGUUGUUCACCUUUGAGUUAACUUUUAGUAUGA